UAACAACGGUUUUCAGUUUUAAGCCGCUCUCAAAGCUGAAAAGACGUUCCUUGUGUUAUUUUGCGACAUUUAACAACAACAAUCUUAUCACUAAACUUUGUAGACAACAAGAAAGAGGUUAUUUCAGUUCAAAAAAAUGCCUGUUGAUAUUAAAAAUGUGUUGAUCUGUGAUGCGGUAGACAAAGCUUGCGUCGAUUUGCUACAAAGCAAUGGAAUUCAAGUUGAUACAAAACUUAAAUUGCCCGUCAACGAGCUGUGCGCCGCAGUGAAGAACUACAAUGCGGUUAUUGUACGUUCGGACACCAAAAUAACAGCCGAAGUUCUCAAAGCCGGCACAGUAGAGGGUGGUAAACUGAAGGCGGUGGGACGCGCUGGCGCUGGUGUGGACAAUAUCGAUGUGGCGGCAGCUACAAGUCAUGGUGUUGUUGUAUUAAACACACCAGGUGGAAAUUCAAUUUCGGCCUGUGAAUUGACUUGCCUACUAAUUGGAACUUUGGCACGACCAAUUGUGCCGGCAGCGCGUAGUAUGCUGGAGGGACGCUGGGACCGCAAACUGUACAGCGGUACUGAAUUGUAUGGCAAAACUCUUGCCAUUGUCGGUCUAGGACGCAUUGGUCGUGAGGUAGCAUUACGCAUGAAGGUAUGGGGCAUGCGUAUCAUUGGCUAUGAUCCGAUAACAACAGAAGAGGAGGCACGUGCAGCUGGUAUUGAAAAAAUGGAUUUGGAAAGUAUUUGGCCACUUGCUGAUUACAUUACCGUACACACGCCACUCAUACCACAAACUAGAAAUUUAAUCUCCUCCCAAACACUUGCCAAAUGUAAAGUUGGUGUUAAGGUUGUUAAUGUGGCACGCGGUGGCAUUAUUGACGAGAAGGCGAUUCUCGAUGCUUUGAAUGAAGGCAAAUGCGGUGGCGCUGCCUUCGAUGUGUACACAGAGGAGCCGCCCGUUUCGGAGGUGACUAAAAAACUUAUUGCGCAUCCCAAAGUUGUGGCCACGCCGCAUCUGGGUGCCAGCACUGCUGAAGCGCAGGUGCGUGUUGCUGUGGAAGUUGCUGAGCAAUUCAUUGCAUUGACUGGAAAAUCACAAAAAUAUACACAAUUUCCGGGUGUAAUCAAUAAAGUUGUAUUAAAAGAGAAUUAAUAAAUCAAUAAAUAAAAAAAACUAUUUACACUAAA